UGCAUGCACAGAACAUUAUGUUGUCAAACAAAAUCUAGAUUUCCAACCGUCAUCUGCCAUCUGCAAGUGCCGUUUCCAUUGAUUAUUGUAUCAAUUAACUAAUUUAUUAUAUGAAUUGAACUGAUUAGUACUAAUCUCUGAAUUAAUUAAAAAAUGAGCGACGAAAACGUACAACCUGAAUCUCAAGAACAUGGGGAAGAGCCCCUGGUUUUGAGCCCUAAAGAGGCUGAAAAGCAGGAAGAAGAAAAGUUGCGAGCGAAAUACCCAAACGUCCCUGGGGGGCCUGGCAGUAGAUUGAUGGGUGGUCACUCUGCCUUUUUACAGAAGAGAUUAGCUAAAGGCCAGAAGUAUUUUGAUUCUGGUGAUUAUCAGAUGGCUAAACAGAAGAAGGACAAAUUACCUGUUAAGGCACCAGUACCGUUUGCCGGAACGGGUGAGGCUAUUCCAACUCCUGAAACGAUACCAGUACGAAAAACGUCUAUUAUGCAGACAACAAAAUAUAAUUCAAAUAGCUAGUUCCAGUUCCUAUUUCGUCUGUCCGUACUGUUAACUAUUUUUUGAACUUUUUUAUGUAACAAAGAUGUGUAACUUCAUUUAUCUGUUGUUUAUUUAAUAUAGCUUAUUAUUAUCUGUAAACUUAUUUCAAUCAUAAUUGAUUAGAAGCAAUGAGAUUGAGAUCAGUGAUGCAUAGAAUUAAAAUAUUUUACUAAGAUA